AUGCCACCCACCAACAAAACCUGGCACAUACAGCAUCGCGCUCUCGCGCAGCAACGAGACAAAACAAAGCAAUACACCUGCCUAGCAGAAACAAGCCCCCACAUAGCAACCCUCCUAAGCUUCCCCUCACAACGCUCGACCCUACCUGAACUCCACGCCGCAACAAGCAACGAGAUAAUAUCUCUCGCAGCAACAAUCGCAGUCUUCGAGCCCGUCCGUCUCCACAUCCGACCAGAAGAUAUCCCACAAGCCCAAGUCCUCCUCGACAAACAAACCAUCAAUCUCGCACCCCAGCACCGCGCCAACCUAGCCCUCAUCCCAGCUCCAACGAAUCACUGUUGGAUCCGCGACACAGGCCCCGUUUACAUCCACAGUGCCGACGCAGCAGACAAAACCCGCUACGCAAUCGACUUCCGUUUCUGCGAAUGGGGCCACAAAACAACGGAACGUAUCUACGGUGCCUGCGCCUCGUCGUCCGCGGCAAAGACGCUGGAAAAAGCCUCACGGUUCGCAGACUGGCCGGUCAUGGACGACGAAGCCAUGCGCGAGAACACGGCUUUCGCGGGCAUCGUGCUAGAUCUUGAGAAUGCGAACGUGGAGGCUGUGGCCGAUGUUGUUGUGCGCCUGCAGACGGAUAUCCGGCUUGAGGGGGGAGGUAUUGAAGUUGACGGCGAGGGGACAUUGAUGGCGACGGAGAGUAGCAUCCUGGGGGGUGGGCGGAAUGCCGGGCUCGGAAAAGACGAGAUCGAGGCUGAGCUUGGCCGGUUGCUGGGUGUUAGUACUUUCAUCUGGUUUCCUGGUCGCGUGGGGCUCGAUGUUACCGAUGUGCAUGUUGAUGCCGAGGCGAGGUUUGUGAGGCCUGGGGUUGUUGUUGUUUGUCGUCCACAUGGGAGGGCGGAGAAGGUGCAUUGGGAUAUCUAUGAGGAGAUUCGAGCGGUCUUGGAGAGGUCUACUGAUGCAUGUGGACGACGGUUUGAGGUUCACGACGUUGUUGAGCCGGAUCCGAGAUACAUCAAGGGGGAUCUUCCUGGGGAGGAGAAGGCGCCAGCGGUUUCAUAUGUUAACUUUUAUUUUGUUAAUGGCGGGCUGGUUAUGCCGGCGUUUGGGGAUGCUGAGGCUGAUGAGAAGGCUUUUGAGAUGUUUAAGUGUCUGGUUCCCGAGAGAGAAAUUCGUCAAGUGGCGGUUAAUGCUUUGCCCAGGACUGGGGGUGUGCUGCAUUGUGUUACACAGCAGGUGGUGUGA